AUGUUGUCGGUGAAAGAAGAAAUACGGGAGGAGAGUCAGCUGAUCACCGCUGCAGAUGAUUUUCACCCGAUUCUCAGCGCUCAGCCACUUGAACGAAACUCAGGGAAUCGAGUCGAACCGGCAGUGCGUGUCCGUGUACAACCACGCGCCAUUCAUUAUCUUAAUUUGGUGGCUUCAAAUCUCCUAGCCCAGCAACUUCCCCGAUUGCUCAUUCCCAAUAUUGAACACCAUCUUCCCAGCGAUCAAGGAAUCAUCAAACUAUCAAGAAUUCGAAUAUCUCGCUUUAAAAGAGCCGAACUCCAUGACAUUUCCACCUCAACUCCUGAUCGAAUAACAUGGCUCAUCAAAAAUAUGAAUAUCGGUUUAAUCGGUUCACUGUCGGGAAAUGUCAACAUUUUGGUGCCAUUCGAUUUGACGGGAGAAGCUGAAGUGUUGGCUGAGGGGCUUUCGUUUGAGUUGGAGAGUGCCGUGCAUCGGGAAAACAAUGGUAGUGCUCGAGUGACGAGUCUAACCUGUCAUACAACGAUUCGCUCUGUAAACGUCGUCAAUCAUAAUGGCGGUCUUUUCGGAUUAGCGAUCACCGUUUUCAAGCAAGGAAUCUCCGACAAUGUGCGCACUCUUCUGCAGGGACUCAUUUGCAAGAAAAUUCGGAAAUACAUCGAUGAGGACUUGAAUUGGAAAUUGGCUGAGGUGCAAACGAAAUCCUCUCUAUCCGAGGCGAUCUCAACGAAUUCGAUUCGCGGACUUUCCACAUCUCCAUCAUCCCUUCCAGAGGCUUUAUCACUAGAGAAAUUCUUCGGACCAACUUUUUCAAAAGAUUUUAUGAUCGACUAUACCCUUGCCGAGGAUCCAGUAUGCGGUGAGAACGAGGUUGAAUUGUCGUCGGUGGGAGAGAUCUCUGUGGGUGGUCGUGGUGGGACCCCGUUCCCAGCACCGCCUCUUUCAUGGCCGAAAGCACUAAACGAUGAUUCGAUGUUGCUUGUGAUGGUGUCAGAUUUUGUGCCGAAUUCUCUCCUCUACCACGCGUAUAAACAACGACUCAUCAAAUUGCAUUUAAACAAAGAGACACCCGGUGUGGCACCGUUUCUCCGGACAAAUUGCGGUGAUUCAAUGUGCAUUGCCGACGUGAUCCCGCAACUCUCCGAUAAGUAUCCAAAAGCCAACAUUGAAUUGGUUUUCGCGGCCACUCGAGCGCCCGCCAUGCUAUUCAGUCAGAAAAAUCAAGGAGUGAUCUCAAUAAAUAUCGGCGGUGUGAUCAUUCUUUAUGUCGAAAUCGGCAUUCAACGACAUCAGGAGGCCGUUUUCGAUUUAGAAGUUGUCGCCGACACGACACUAAAUGUCAAACAAAGCAAUGUCAGCGGCUCGGUGCGAUUGACGAGAUUCGAUCUACUGAAUCGAUACGGAAAGCUAGAAAUAACGAAUGCCGAGCUCGCGGAUAUUGCCCUCCUUGGUGGACAGUUGAUUGAGAAUAUGGUAAAUGAGAUGCUAAACAGUGGAGUGCCAAUCCCAAUUCCUAGUGUUCUUCACCUCGACGAGGUAAACGUGCAAGUGCUUUCGCGGAAACUCCUCGUUCGAACAAAUUUCGGAGUUGACGAGCGAAAACUCAGCAAAAUCGCCGAAAAAACGAUCUUUUCGACUUUUCCCUUCAAUCGAUCUCUUCAUCUCAAAAAGCGGAAACGUUUU